ACGGAGCUAUCUUUUCCAAUUAAUAUUCAUGUUUAGCACAGUCAACACUUCAUUUCGUUACAUAUUUUGAUACGAUGAGGAUGAGUCGACAAUGGCCUCUGCCUUUGUAGAUGUUGCAAUAUCAAUGCCAGAGAAAAGAGCCGGUAUCCGCUUCACAGGAACUUGGGAACUCCUCAAAUUGAAGAUUUGGCUGUAAGUAGUCUGGCUAACUAUUUUUACAUUACCAAUAGGCUACUCAUCUCUUUCGAUUAAUGUGCAAGUAAAUAUGUUAAAGAUCAUGCUACAAGGUGAUGGAUAUGCAUUUUAAGACUCCCCCAGAACCUAUCCCGAUGGAUUAUUAACAGUGCAUUUUAGUACACUCCAGUUCUAUGUCUUCCGGACAGAUAAUGGAAACGCUUCGGACGGUGUUGGUCGCGCACUGCUCAAGGAAGUAUCUUUAGGCUAAAAGAUCUGAACACAGACGGGGGGCAUCAUUUCUGCAUCCGAUACUGCGACAAUAAGGGAAACAAAUAGCAUACCUUUUAUCAACAUAUGAGACGUUUUGAGACGCUAAUAUGAAUACAACAAUGGAGCACACUGGAAUUGAAGAGGUAAACCAGACACACCAGCAGCACGAGCCCAUCAGUUUUGGAAUAGACCAGAUUCUGAACAGCACGGACCAGUCCAGCAGCUGCAUGCUGCCCAACCGAACCAGCGACACGGAUUACACGCUUGCCCCAAACGUUUACACCAAUGGCUAUAACAGCGUCUAUAACCCGGCCUGCUCUAUGGCGGCUGGACUCGCAGGUUCCUAUAACGUGAACAUGAACAUGAAUGUCAGCAUGAACAUGAACGUUAACGUGAACGGUGGGAACGCCGGUGGUGUUAUCAGGGUGCCAGCUCACAGACCCAUGCCACCGAAUCCACAUCAGCCCCCGCCUACCCAUCCACCUGGCUUUGCUGGUGGCAUCACCUCAGUGACUUCAAUGCCAAGUAUGGGAAAUGCAGCAAACUUUACCUUCCCGUGGAUGGAGAGCAGUCGAAGGUUCGCAAAGGACAGACUCACUGCGGAGCAGGCAGAGGACAGACAAGCAGGAGACCCCAGUGGGAGGCCAGGAGCCCCCCCGGCCCUGCCAGGCCUCUGCCCUCUCCCCAAGGGGGACAUUGGCAGGGUCCCUACCUGGAGCUCUAUGGAGACAUUAGCCAAACACUAUUACCCCGAACUCGCUCACCUGCGAGACACCGGCCCAUUUGCAGACUAUCCCUUUCGAAAGGGUACUUGUCCAGCAGCCCUUUCUCCCUUCUCGGUGACCCGGCGCAUUGGCCACCCCUAUCAGAACCGGACGCCACCCAAAAGAAAAAAGCCCCGCACCUCAUUCAGCCGUGUGCAGAUCUGCGAACUUGAGAAACGCUUUCACCGACAGAAGUACCUGGCAUCGGCAGAGCGCGCCACCCUGGCCAAGGCCCUGAAGAUGACAGACGCACAGGUCAAAACCUGGUUCCAGAACAGGAGGACAAAAUGGCGGAGACAGACAGCCGAGGAGCGCGAAGCAGAGAGACAGCAGGCCAACCGUCUGAUGCUGCAGCUCCAACAGGAGGCCUUUCAGAAGACCCUGAGCCAGCCCCUGCAGCAGGACCCCUUGUGCCUGCACAACUCCUCUUUGUACGCCCUACAGAACCUACAGCCCUGGGCGGAGGACAACAAGAUCAUAUGUGGACUUCUUGGCGUGGACAGACAUACAUUUAGUUCCACUGAAAUGGACAAUGAUCAAUGAGUCUUCUAAGUUUUUUCAGACCUGAUUCUGUCAAGUAAUUUUCCUACCUUACACUAGAUUUUCACUCUCCCUUCAGCUGUCGGUCUAAACAGAGGACGGAGCUAAAUCCUACCUGAAAUCUAACGGACACAUCAGUAGAUGCCUACCAUCAAGACUGUCCUGUUGCCAACAAGGAAGCACUGACUCUCAGCCAUAUGGCAACAAAACUGGAUCUGAUUCCUUUAACUGGAUCGGAUUCCUCUAACUGGAUCUGAUUCCUUUGCGUUUGGCUUUGUACAAUGUAGUAAUGCAUGUUUCCGAUAUUUCUGUGUGCACUUGGAAUUGCCGUUGAAGUCACCAGCUUUCCAGGUGGAUCCCUUCCCUGACUGCAGUUUGCAAGUGGUAUUGUGGAAUAUCUCUUCGAGGAUUCCUCAUAACUUACUACAUUUAAAGGUGUUUUAUAUUAAAUGAUAUUGUGACUUUUUGAAAAGAUGAUCA